CGAAAAUUAGGUACCUGCGGAGCCGGGGAUGCAUGACGUCACCGCAUUCCUGAUGCAUCUGACGUCACAGGCUGGCCACUUCCUCCCUGGUUACAGAGGCCGUGGCUUGUCCUCCGACCUCACAAACACCCUUCCCAACGCAGAGGCUGGGGCUGCGCCCCUAGUCUGUCCCGUCCGCGGAGCCAGACGCCUCCCCCUGCCCUCUCCCCUCUCCCGACAGGGGCAGCCAUGAAGGGGACCCCCGGCUCCCUGGACACCCUCCUGUGGGUCUACCACUUCCACAGCUCCACUGAGGUGGCCCUCCAGCCCCCGCUUCUGUCUUCCCUGGAACUUGCUCUGACCGCGGCCCAAGAAUAUCUGGAGCAGAGAUUCGGGGAGCUGAAGUCCCUGGAGCCGCGCGAGCCGGAAAAGCAGCCCGCCCCCGAGCCCACCCUGGGCCUGGUGCUGAGAGAAGCCGCGGCCAGUGUCCUGAGUUUCGGCGCCACCUUGUUGGAGGUGGGGCGCUGGGGGGCUGAGGAGGACUGGGAGCGGACAGGCCGAGGGAGGGGGAUCGGGCAGCGGAGAGCAGGCACCCCUGCACCCCCCCACCCCCACCCCCCGCAGAUCUCAGCCCUGUGGCUGCAGCGGGAGGCACGGCGACUACAUGGCGGCGACAGCAGCCCGGGCCCAUUCUCAGACGCCGGGGAUCCGGGUCGAGCGCUGGCCCGGGUCGCCCAGGCCGCGGAGCAGGGGGCUCGACAAGCGGCGGCUGCGGCUGGCGCGAGCACCCGCCUCCUCCUCCAAGGGGCACGGCUAUGCCUGUCUGGACGGAGUCUGCAGGGGUCCGCCUCAUUCCUGCAACAAUGGCGGCGCCAGCUGGGCCUGGGACCCCCAAAGGAACCGGUGAGUGCGCGACGGUGGUGGGUUGGGGGCCCGAGGCGGCGGGGAUGGAGGCGCACUGAGCCGGACCGUCCCCAACAGAGAUACUCAGGAGACCUCAAAGUGGCGUCCAGCAGCAGCGCAGAGGAUGCGGGACCGGAGACUCCACCACUGUCCUAGCCCCAGCCCGCGUGCAAAUAAAGCCCUGGAGGGGACAGGACUGCCAAAGCCCCCAGAGCCCCUUGGUUUUUGCCCCGCCCCUAUCCUGACUGCGCCCCUCUUGACUCCGCCCCGUGCUCGUCUGGCCCCGCCCCUCAUAUUGGCCACGCACUCAGGUGUCUGCGCUCACCUGCCCAGCAG